CAAUUUAAGUGAAGCAUUUAACAUAGAAAUAUGUACGGAUUAUUACAGUUUAUUUUGCUUAUAGUCAGUUUAAUUUUAAGCGUAAUUUUGGGACUUUAUGUGUAUUUAACAUGGCAUUUCGAUUAUUGGGUUAAACGAAAAAUUCCUGGACCCAAGCCCAGGGUAUUGUGUGGUACUUUUCCGGGUACAAUAGAUGGUAAAAGGAAUUUUAUAUAUGAUUUGGAUGAAAUUUAUAGACAGUUUAAAAACAAAUCAAAUUUUGUGGGUGUUUUUAUGACUAGAAGUCCCCAGAUCAUGAUCAUUGAUCCGGAAUUGUGUAAAGAGAUUUUAAUAACAAAUUUCAAGUGUUUUCAAGAAAAUGAAUCUUCUAUACGGACGGAUCGCAUUAGAGAACCCAUAUCGGGUAGUAAUCCCUUUGUUUUACCCUUCGAUGAGUGGAAAGUUAAAAGGGCUGAAAUUGUACCAGGAGUAACCUCAUCUAAGAUAAAAGGCAUGUUCCCGAUUAUUAAUAGUAUUUGUACUAAAUUUAAACAAUACUUGAAAACUGGGAUACAAAAUGGUAUCACGACCAUUGACGCCAAAGAGGUGGCCUUAAAAUACACAGGAGAUGUGGUGGCCGAUUUAGUAUGGGGCAUAGAUGCCGACAAUUUGUCAACUAGCCAAGACGUUUCACAGCAUAAAACCUCCAUAUACCAUAUGUCUAAAGUGAUGAUUAACCAAAAUUUCCAUGCUUUCAACUACUAUUUCCUGGCUAGAAUAUUUCCCAUCAUAAGACGCUUCUACUAUGUGCGCUUCUUUCCAGAGUUAACAGAUCGUUACUUUAUGAAACUUUCCCAUUCUGCUGUAGAGCUACGCCAGGCUCAAAAAAAUAAUUCCAGACAAGAUUUUCUGCAAUAUAUGGUAGAGUUGAAAAACAAAAAAAACAUCUCAGAUACACAAUUAACGGCUCACAAUUUAACUUUUCUGUUUGAUGGUUUUGAGACAUCGGCCACUUUAAUCAGUCAUUGUUUGUUGUUGCUGGCCCGUUAUCCUUUAGCCCAGCAAAAGUUAAGGCAGGAGCUGCAGGAACAUUUUGCCUUACACUCAAGUUUAAAUUUUGAUGAUUUGAUAAAACUUCCCUAUUUGGAACAAUGUGUAGCAGAAACUCUACGUAUUUUUACUCCUUUACCGUUUAUGGCCAAAGUCUGCACACAACCUUGUGAAUUUGCAAACAAUGAUGGUGUUUCCCUUCAAAUACAACCUGGAGAUAUUUGUCUCAUUUCCCUGCACUCCAUGCAUCAUGACGAAGAGUUUUUCCCCCAACCGGAGGAGUUUAUGCCAGAACGUUUUGCCGAGGAGCAUGGUGGCACAAAGAAGUACAAAGACAUGGGUGUUUACUUGCCAUUUGGCGAUGGUCCAAGGAUAUGUUUAGGUAUGAAAUUUGCUUUAACUCAAGCCAAAGCAGCCAUUGUGGAGGUAAUUAAACAUUUUGAAUUAACGGUUAAUGAAAGAACGCGCAAAGAUAAUUAUCAGUCUGCUGAUUCCUUUAUGAGUGGUUUGGAUGGUGGCAUAUUCCUUGAUGUGAAAGAGUUAUAAAAUGACAAAACGGUGGUAAAAUGUUUAAUUAAAUGAAGCUUAUUAUAAAGAAUAGAAUAAAAAAAAAUGUUGGCAAAGAUGCCAACGAAACUGAAA